AUGGGAAAAACAAGAGGUGGCUCAGAAAACUCCAAAAAGGCUCAGGGAAACUCUCGUAAGGCCGAAGCGGCCGACCGUAAAAGAGCUGAGGAAGAAGCUAGACUAGCUGCUGCUGAAGAUGCUGAAUGGUCUGUUGGUGCGAAAGGAUCAAACAAUAAGAAGGAAAGUGAAGCGGCUAAGAAAGCUGAGGCGGCUCGCAAGAAGGCAGAAAGAGAUGCUAUGCUCAAGGAAGAAGAAGAUGCAUUGCCCAGCAAGUCUGUUAAAUCAAAGCAAAGAGGCCAGGAGAAGGUGGCUGCUCGUAGACAGGGCAAUCUUGAUGAGUUCUUAAACUCAACUUCAAAUAAGGCCUCAACAUUGAGUGCUAGUGGAAUCGAUGAUGCCAUUGACGCAUUGGAGAUUUCAACUGGCAGCGGUAGUAACAAAAAGAUUGAAAGACAUCCUGAGAGGAGAUUCAAGGCGGCAUUUGCUGCUUACGAGGAACGACGUCUUCCUGAAAUCAAGGAUGAGCAUCCGGGUCUUCGCCUCAACCAAUAUAAGGAGCUCAUUCGUAAGGAAUUCGAAAAGAGCGAUGAAAAUCCUUUCAAUCAAGCUACUGUCAGCUACAAUGCCACCCAAGAGGAUGUCCACAGUAAGAAACAAGCUCUUAAGAAGGCUGCUGAGUCCAGGUUGGAGGAAAGAUAA